AUGGCGACGAGAUUCUCGCCCGAGGCUUUCCUGCCUUCGGGCGCCUACGACACCGACGUUGGUCUUACCCUCAAAGAUCCUCUCGUCUACUCCCACAUCUCGCAUCCCAACUCAUAUCCACGAGCCGGAACUCUUCGCCAUCAAUACCCGCAGCACUAUCUGAACUCGUGUCGAAACAAUAUCCAACACCAGAACCAGCGUGGCUGGAUCCCUCCGGCCAGCACGAUGUCUCUGCAGCCCAGCGAGACGUCUCCUCAGUCACUCGCCGCGUUGCGAGCUACGCAGUCUGUUCCACCGCACUAUUCAUCAAUCCAGUUCCAGCCCGAGUCUCUCGAAUCUCUCAAAGCUCGACCGGCCACCGUAUCUCCCACGUACGGAGGUCCACCUCCAAUUCCCGAGCACCGUCUGCCACCUUCAUCCACGGCUCCUCUUCCCAGCAUGUCUUCCGGACUUGUCGGUGCAUCACUCUCAAGAUCUGUGUCUGCUGACGCCGUGGCGCCUUCCCAAACACCGUCGCAUGUGGUCCAACGACUUGUUCAGCAAAACGCUAUGAUUCGUGAAGCUUGGGAAGCGGAACGAAACCACCUCGAGGCCAAUCGAAGACGCGCCGAAGAAGUGUACCAGGAAGAGCGCAUCAUCAUGGACGAGGUUCGAGUGGGUUGGGAGACGGAGAAGGAAAACAUGAUUCGAGAGAUUGAGGAUCUCAAGGAGCGCAUGCAUCGACUUGAAGGAGAAAACAAUGCACUCAAAGCCGUCGCCGCCCAGAGCAUCCAGGUUACGGGCGUGGUAUCGCCUCUGGCGAGUCAGCGAGGUGGAAGCGGCGAUGGCUCCUUGGAGAACUCGUACUUUUCUGCUCCACCAGGCCGACUUACGUCAAGGUCGCAAAACCCAACCAUUCCAGCUAGUCUAUCGAUGGGCGAUGCGUCAUCUCUUCCGCCGGGCCUUGACGGGGCAUCUCGCAGACCUCACUUUUUAAGUCCAGGCAGUUCCCGCCUUUCUCCCAGCACACAACCCGAAUCAUCCCCCUUUGUCCCCCUGGAUCCAAGAAUGCAGACUCAAAAACCAGUUGCCAGGGACUUUCUCUCAUCUCCUUCAGAUGACGCCACGACGCCCGUGCCAGUCAUUGAUGUUCAGGAGAUUGAUCCCAAGUUGGAAGGGAUUCCCCUCAAGGCCACUGCCGUUCAAAAGUCUACCUUUGCCGAUGGCGCAACUUCUACCGACAACCCUUCAUCACCUAUAGCGUCGCCCCCUGGUCCUGCUACUCAGCAUCCGGAACGACUUGGACGACCCUCAAAUGUCCGCGGGUCGUCAAAGGAAUACACCCUGCAGGCCCUCUCUGCCGUGGAAUCUCGCCGUCUAACGAUGCACGCUGGUCACACUCCCAAUCAUUCUCUGUCGCUUUUCCCCACUGUCAAUCCGACCGACACGGAUGCCAUUGUGGGCGAGGGUGCAACGCCAACCGUUGAGACGGUUAUUGACCUUGCAGCAGCACUCCCAGAAGAGCCGGUUAAGAGCCCUGCAGCUACCAUUGUACAAACCGCCAGGCGCGACUCCAAGGUUUCAUUUGUAUCCUUUGCGGCAGAGGAGCUGGACAUGGAUCAUCCUGAGCCCGUGUUUGAACCAGACGAGUGCGACAAACCACUCAAAGGACCACUCAUGAUCAGGAACAUGCCGGCAAAGGACGAGCUUUUCUGGGAGGCUGUCAACAAGAAACUGGAGCCCAUCAGCCAAGGGCAGAACGCUCUUCCAUCUGUCAUGCAGACUUCCCUCGAAGACUUGGAGGUGGGAGCCGGGCCUUCGGGCUUGAACGCACAAGCACAAAAGCGCCAAAAGGUUUCACAUGUCGGCGGCGACGGGUCGGUAGAUGCCCAAGCGGACGGCGAGGACAGUGGUAACGAUAGCGAGACGAGCGACAACGGGAUCGACGCCGACGUUCCCCUAAAGUUUAAAGCCACGUCCAACUUUGGCGCUCCUUUCGGUGCCAUGUAG